UGACGUAGCAGCUGCCAGCGUGGAACGCACGUCGCUCUCCAAUCAGGAAGUAAACUGUCCGGUCCGGGUCUGCGUAAUACAGACAGAAGUCCGAGCGGUGAAUACGUGUCGAAGUCUCCAUUUCAGCCCGCUUUCCCGAACACCUCCGAAGGGACACAGCUGUAGGCCCCUGCCGCUGAGUGUCCGUCCCUCCCGCCCCCCAGCAGAGGCUGCCGGGCUCCGCACUGAAGCACACACACACACACACACACACACACACACUUACACUUACACUUACACUUACACUUACACUUAGAUGAUGGUGGACUCCACGUUUGCUCUAGUGGGGAAGAACCUUAGUGAAGCCAUGAGGAUCCUAGGGGACAGCCAGAGAGGGACGGAGGCAGGACCAGAGAGGUGGCGCUUCAGAGCCAGCAUCCCUGGACCCCUGCAGGGAGAGGGUCAGGAUGUUGCCACUGUGCUGCACCUAGUUCACAACCUCCUUCAUGAUGAGGAGGAGGAUGAGGACAAGCCAAGCCAACACAGGAUGCAGAAUGUUGGGGAGCAGGGUCACAUGGCCCUGCUGGGUCACAGCCUGGCCGCCUACAUCUCUGUGCUAGACAGAGAGAGACUGAGGAAGCUGACCACCCGGAUCCUGUCCGACACCACGCUGUGGCUCUGCAGACUCUUCAGCUAUGAGAACGGCUCCGCCUACUUCCACGAGGAUGACAGGGACGGCCUGGUGAAAGUGUGUCGGCUGGUCAUCAACGCCCGCUAUGAAGAGUAUUCCUCUGAGGGAUAUGCAGUGCUCAGCUCCAAACAGCCAGUCAUCUACCAGAGCGCCUCCGGGAGGCCCGGCCUGGGCCAGCAUCUGUGCAGCCAGCUGGGCCUGCCUCUCUCCAGCCUUUGCACAGUCCCAUGUAAUACCAUCUUUGGAUCCCAGCACCAAAUGGAUGUGGCCCUGUUGGACAAACUGAUCAAAGAGGACGUAGAAGCCGGGAAGCUUCCUCUGCUGCUGAUCGCCAACGCAGGUACCCCGGGGGCAGGACAUACAGACAAGCUGUCCCGACUGAGAGACCUAUGUGAUCAGUACAGCAUGUGGCUGCAUGUGGAGGGGGUCAACCUGGCAACGCUGGCUCUGGGUCAGGCCUCCUCUGCCAUCAUGGCAGCCACCAGGAGUGACAGUAUGACUCUGACCCCAGGUCAGUGGCUGGGCCUGCCUGCUGUCACUGCUGUCACCCUCUACAGACAUGAGGACCCAGCCAUGUCUCUGGCAGCAGGCCUGACCUCCAGCCAGCCGGUGGCCAGGCUACGGGCGCUGCCCCUCUGGCUCUCCCUGCAGCACCUCGGACACGAUGGGAUCGUCCACAAGAUCAGACACGCCACUGCUCUGAGCCAGCACCUCCUGCAGAGGCUCAAAGCUCUGACCUCCAUCAAAACAUCGGAUGUGCUUCAGACAGAGAUCUCUCUCCUUGAGGCUCUGACCAUGGUGGAGGACGAACUCAGCUCUCCUGUGGUGCUCUUCAAGUUUUCACAGGACAUGAGUGCUGCAUCCAGUGGGGGUUCAGUGGAAGGUUUCUGUGCGGGGGAGAAGGAGGUGCUCGAUGCCUUCAACAGAUGGUUAGGAGAAGAGCUGGUUCAGUGGGUCCCCUCCAGUGGAGUAGAUGUGGUGGAGCUGGAGGACGAGGGCACAUGUGUUCGCUUCAGCCCCCUCCUGACUGCUGCAGUCCUGGGCACGCAGCAGGAGAACACAGAGGAGCUGGUGGAGAAGCUGUCGGAGCUGGUGCCUGCCAUGUGCUCCACCAUGAGCCUCAGACAGGACUUCAGAGAGGAGGUCCACCGACACUCGCCCUCGCUCACGUACCGAGAGCAGCUGAGCUGGCCCGGCCUCGGCGCUGUCCGGUACGAGCCUCAGGCUGAGGGGAUGGAUGAGAGCAGGAGGGAGGAGGAGCUGCAGAAGAUCAACAGUGAGCUGCUGAAGAAACUUCAAGAACUGGACUCCGACAUCAUCUUUUCCACUGGCCCUGAGUUUGGGACAGAGGAGGACUGUAUCUUUGUUGGCAUGGUGACCGAGGACGUGGAUGUUUCAGAGUUGGUGGACACAGUAGCUGCCCUCGGGAGGGACAUAGAGGAGAGUGGAAGGCUGCUGGAGAACAUGACGGAGGUGGUCAGGAAGGGCAUCCUGGAGGCGGAACUGCAGCUGCAGAAGGCCAACGAGGAGAAACUCAUGGAAGAGGGGGCUCUGAGACAGCUGCCUCUGGUGGGCUCCGUGUUAAACUGGUUCUCUCCAUCCAAGAGUUCCAUAAAGGGCCGCACCUUCAACCUGGCUGCAGGUUCCCUGGACUCCACAGAGGGGACUUACUCAAGCAAGGCUCAGGCGGGCAGGCAGUCCCAGCAGGAGACCCCCACCUCCUCCUCAAAGAAACACCCAGGUCAGAGGUUAUUCCGGCGCUCAGGGGGGGGCUCUGACUCCUUCAGUGAAACCAGCUCCAUCGGACAAGCUGAGGAGACACCAAGGGAGGGGAGCAGCUCUCCGGGCAUCCCCCCACCCUCCUCUCCCCCUGAGGAGGACUCACACUCUGCCGCUGAUGCUGUGGUGGAGGAAACCCAGGAGCCUGCUGUGGAGGAGCACACACACGUGGAGGUGGAGGAGGAAGAGGAGGAGGAGGAGGAGGAGGAGAGGCAGCCUGAAGGCCAGGAGGCAGAGCAGAGCGGGAGAUAGGUGUGUCCUCCAGCCGUCCUCUGAAUGCUACCAGCCUAAGAGAGGUGUUCUUAUGUUGUGAAUCCAACUCUUCCAGUAGUGUGGGGACGCUGAUGGAGCUGUUUGGUCUGUUUGUCAAAGGGGACGUCCACCCCUGAUCUCUUCCGAGUGCAUUCUAGUUUUUAGUCAUUCCAUAUUUUACCUGCAUUCUGAGGAAUUUGUUUCCUAUCAUUUUCAGAAUGCCUUUUAACCACUUAGUCUAAUUGCCAGCAGUGAGAACCCUGAAAUGUUGAUUACCCCAAAGUUAAAUGUAUAGUAGGGUCCCCAGCACAUAGAAACUGCUGGAUGCUAACUUGCAUAUGUUGGGAAAUUUGCAUAAUUAUUACAAGUUGCAUUAAUUAACAUUAUUAAGCAUAUGCAUUAUUGAGGAUUAUUGAGGAUGCUGAAUUCAUUUUCUGAAAUGUUCAGGAUCAACAAUGGCAGUUUUGAGUCCCCUAAAACUUUUAAAUCGACUCAAAAUUCAUCAAAAUCAGCCCACCUGGGGUAUAAAUAUGGCCACUAUCUUUACCAUUUUUUAUCCUGAAAAUGGCAGAAAUGCAUUCAGCAUCCUCAAUAACUCCGAAAACCACUCCAAAAUGGUUCCAUAUGCCAAUGAAUGCAACUUGUGCUAAUUGUGCAAAUUGACCAACAUAUGGUUAGCAGGGUUAGCAUCCGGCAGUUUCUGGGAAACUCUACAUUUUUAUCAUAAAGCUUUGGGGUACUAAACAUUCCCGGGUUCACUGUGGACUCUGAGCUCGCAACUAGACUUACUCCCAUAAGUGAAAAUAAGAUGAAUCAUUAGCUUUCUUUCAUACAAAAACAUGAAUUAUUAUACCCCUAGUGAUGGAGUGAAAUGAGUACCCCUGCCUCAUCUCUGCGGGGUCUCCCCAUGAUUCCAGCUGCACAUUGAUGUUUAAGGAUGUGAAACAAGAGUACACUAAACAACAGAGAAGUGUUUAGGGGGAUCUUUCCCUUUCAGAGGGCCGUGCUGCCCAGCGGUGAGUUGUACACCCUGAUCUCAUCAGAGCAGCGGAGUAGCCACUGUAAAUAUUCUACACAGAUGUUAUAUAUUUAACCCAGGAAAUGACUUACUAUAAUUAUUUAUAAUCAAGUAUAAUGAUCUAUUUAAUAAAACAAAUGACCUGCUGAUAGUAGCUGUAGCCUGCUCUCCAGCUUCAAACACUCCCUUCAUGUUUGCACUGAAAUAAAUCUAAAUAAGGAUAAAGUCACAAUGCCAUGAACAUAAUGUUUUAAUAUCCUGAGGAAAAGUCAGAGUAUUACAAAAACAAAUAUGUGAUUGUACGAUUACAAAAUGAUUUAACAUAUUAAGAAGGCAAAAAAGUACAGGCCUAAGAAUGUGAUAAAAGGCAUAUUAUGAGACAACCUUUGAAAGUGGUAACUUCACAAGAAAACAAGUAAUGAUUUUAUAGCAAUAAAGACACAUUUGUUAGAACGAUUUACACAGGAGUAAUAAAAAUACUUUGUAUCUUGGUACACUUUACAUUUCUUCUCUGAAUAUUAAGACUUUGUUCCCAUGAUAUGACUUCUUUAGUAUAUAAAUUAUUUUUGAUUUUGUGACUUUUGCUGAAGUAAUAUGACUUAACUGUAAUAAUCUCAAGGUUGUGCACUAACAGUGGCCCUAUAAACUGCAGCCACAGCUUUGUGGAUCAAAAUCAAAUGCCCUUUGAAAUUGCACAUGCAGCCGGGUAGGAGUAAUUAUUUUUAAUUUAUAUCUAAAUGUAUUGUUUGUGUCGAUUAUGGAACCUCAGCAACGUCCUCUCACAGGUUUAUUUACUGUAGAGAUAUUUCUUUUUCGCCUAAAACAUCCUGCCAGACCUGGGUCAAAGUCCUUCGUGUCCAGGGUUAGCAUUUAAACAUUUUCCAGUGCCAUAUCAAAGGGCCAAAGGUUUUUAUUGUUUAUUUGUUCUUUAGUUUGACCGUUCUGCUGGGCUUGGAGACACUAAUGUCUCGUCUUUUGCACUAGUCCCUUUGACGUCUUUCGGUAUAAAUCAUCACAGAUAACAUGCUGAUGAUGUUUUCAUUUUUUUGGGUAGAUCCUAUCAGCUGUCAGUCGAUUGUGAGAGAGAUGUAGUGAAAUCUGUGGCUGGCAAUUCAAACUGUAGACUUCUCUGUGAGAACCAAAGACAGCCUGCUUCAAAAACUCUUACAGGGUCAGAAAUGUACAAGCAAACUCUCAAUGUGAGUGCUGCUACAACCAACUAUUAACACCAUGGUGUGACACAGGACAGACUGCCCACAGGACAUUAUAACUAAUCGUAGGCCAGUGAUGAAUGAAGAUAACUGGAAACUCUGCCGGCGGGCAGUUUUUCCAAUGAAGGUUGCUCAGUGGUGGAUGAAGCCGAAGUGUCCUGACUUUAAUGCUUUAACUUUAACUAACAAAUGCAAAUGUACCUGGAUCAUUCAUCACUAGCUCUUCCGCUGAUCUUCCAUUGGGCUCAUAGAGCAUUUUAAAUUGCAUAGUUUUGAAACCCCGCCUCCCAGCCUUAAGCCCCGCCUCCAACUGCAACAUCCCGCCCACUCUCUGCUCAGUCUAAUGAAUUGAGAGGGAAAAUAACUAUGGAUUCGGCUUUUAAUGCUUUUUAAACAUUAGGGACCUUUGCUUUUCAUUGUUCAUCGUGGGUACUAGAUUUAGCUCAAAAGAGAUAUCCGCUGAUUUACAGACACCUCUUUCCCAAUGUAAGUCAGUUGGAAAAAGUUUGUUUGGGCAGAAUGACGUCACAAACCGACACGAAAGUGUAGUACCCCCGUUUGGCAACUUCAAGAAUUAGCUUGGUCUAGGGGCCUUAAUGUGUCACCAAUGGGUUUAGACAUUGCUUUGGACAUGAACAUAUGGGAAGUGUGUAUGACGUCACACUUAACAUGAUAGCAACUUGUCUGAACCACGAGACUGUCGCCUGAUAUCUACUUUUGAUGCAACGGGGAUAUUAAGCAUUUUGGGAUUGAAUGAAGGUGAAUGAGCCUUUAUGGGUUUGGCAGAAUGGUUUAGAAUGUCUCUCAUGAAGGUGUCAAAAUUGAAAAAAAAUGUUUUUAAAUGUUUACUGUAAAGAGUUGUAAAAUGUGGAUUGAAUACAGGUUUAUGAGGGAAUUAACAGUGAGGAUAAAUAUUGCAAAAUAAUCUAUUUCAGCGUAAUUGCACUUGUUCUGUAGAUAAUUGAUUUACUACUGUUCUUUAUUUAAUUAAGAACAUGGUGUAAAUGAAGCAGAAUGUUGUUGAUUAUUUUUAUGUGAAUAUAAUGCAAAGCCAAAUCAAUACAACUUUUGAUUUGAUACAGUGAAAUGUCCUGAACCGUCCUCUGUCACUGUCUGAGUUAUUGAUUACAUUUGAUUAGCAGAACAUUUUAUAUCUUUACUUUACAAUGCACAAACGCUUUGACAUUUUGGAUAAAGUCUGUCUCUCAACAGAAUACAUUCAAAGUUUUCUAGCCCACAGCUGUCUGUGGUUCAGUUAGAUUUGUCAAAUCAGCUCUGCUUAUGUUUUUGAGUCUUCCUCUGUAAUGAUGGGAAUUGAUGCAGCUAGCAUCUUGGUGGCUCAGUUGAGCAGUACAUUCUUUAAGUCUGUAUUUUUACAUGAGACAUAGGUUUCUGGCAGGUGUAGCAAUAAACAAAUGGUAACAAGAUAAACAAAAACAAUGCCAAAAAGGACAUUUAUGAAAAAAAAUGAAAAUUACAAUAUGGAAAUGUUCUGUGUCUAAAUGUGAUUUAAGGCCUUGUAACAGAAUUUGACAAAUGACAAGAAAAAAUUGUUGAUACUUAAGUGUAUCUAUAAAGAGGAUAGAAGGAGAAUCCAAAUUAAUUUGAGUAAUCUGUAGAAUGAAAACGUAAAAACUAAAACUCUAUUUGUUUGAGGCAUGUUGGACUGAAAUUAAAUCUACAUUUGUCACUUUCUUGCAAACUGCGGCCUUAACAACUGCAACAAAAUAAUAAUAAACAGCAGUCUCACCAGUAAAUAAUAGAAGGAGAAUAAGAGUCUUGAAUGUCAAUGGUUUAGGCUCUACUUAAUUUGCAUUGUGUUUUUUUAUUUAUUUGAAAAUACAUUAAAAGGAUUAAUUAAUAUUAUUUGUGACUUGCAAAACAGUAUCUGUUCUCACCUCCGUCAAUAUUAUAUUAUGUUGUGGCAGUAAUAAUUACUUCAUUUAAUAUUGUCAGAACUGGUAAGUAAUUAUUUGAUCACUGUAAUGCCUGCAGGCAUAUUUUAAACAUUCUGAGAUUGUUGUUAUGUAAGCAACACAAUGUGUUUCAGUUAAUUUAACAGAAAUAAUCCCAGAGGAUUCUUUGUAUGGGAAAAGGUGUGUAUCAUAUUUGUGGGGAUUGAGGACAUUCAACCAAUAUACUAUGUUGAUUUAUUCGGUUUAGUUUGUAGGCCUAUGUAUGAUUACAAAGCUGUGAUACGCCUAAUGUGCCCAAAGAUAAAAUGCAUUAAUGUGUGAAAUGAAAGGAAAUAAAAGGGAUUGAAUUCAGAUAAUUAACAUUUUUUUAUAUUUUUGUGUUGAAAAGCCUAACAUUUUUAUUAAAUCACAAGCUCUGUAAA